AUGGACGAUGUAAUUGAUCCAAAUGACCACGAAACCUUUCACAAGAGUCAACAUGCAAUUGCUCAGCUUAAUGAACUUCAAGUAUGCCGUAGACUUGCUGUGCUAGAACAACAGCGUCACAAAAGAGAGGAAGAAUGGUCAUACCUUAAAGAUCUCAAGAAAAUUGUGCCGCAUAUCGAUAUUACUAAAGAUUCAACUGACGACCAGUACCGAUGGGAGUUUUCAAAGAACUUGAUGAUGUCUGAAUGGAUGAUGGAGGAACCGGAUGACCUUGAAGACUUCUUACUAGUUCCAUGUCCAAAAGGAACACGAUCAACAUUAAUUCAUGAAUUGCCACCUGAUGAACCGGUUGGAUUCCUACGACGGCCAAAAUUUUUGGAAAAAAAGCCUCAUUAUGCGAAGCUUUAUUCCAAGACAGGACAUAAGUUACUGGAAGUGAAGACCAACAUCCCACCAGACACGAUCCUUGACUGCUUCUAUGUCAAGAAGAUUAAAACAAUUUACAUCCUUGACUGUAUGAAGUAUGAUGGACGAGACUUGACGAAUUGUGACACAGCAUUCAGGAGGUACUGGAUUGGAAGCAAAUUCUAUGAAUGCAGGCUUGGAGUCAUUGACAUUCGAGUACCAAAAAAUGAACUAAAACUUGAUUUUCUUGAAGGAUUUGAAUUUAAGCAGCCACAUCGAGUUCAUCAUUGUUUUCAGCGCAUGCCAUACUUUCAUGACUUUGCGGAACUUGAUGGAUAUUUGUUCUAUCACAAAGAUUGUUCCUAUACACCUGGUGAAUCACCACUAGUUCUGUGGCUGUUUCCAUUCAUGAUUGAUGAAGUUUUGACGAUGUUUAGAGUUCAUAAGGACUACAAUACCUUUAAGCCUGACAACUACACAAAUUAUAUUGAAUUUAUUGAGAAGUUUAAUGUCAAAAAAGAGGAAAAGAAUAAAAAGAGAUUCAAGAACAAGAAAAAGAAUCAGGAAGAUGAAAAAGAUAAGAAUCAAGUUGGAUCGCCUAAUGAGAUCAGCUUUGAGGACAAUCAACCUUGCGGAAGUAAAAGAAUUCUGAAAAAGAAUGACAGAUUUGAUGAAGAUUUGGUAAAGUAA